UUAUUUGCUGACGAAAGUAACCGCGGCCACUGGGUCUCAGAAAUUGAUUUGAAGGGUGUCUAGUAGUUUGUAUUCGAAUCAUUUCAGUACAAGUUCGGAAUGCAGCCACGGAUACAGUUGCUGUUGGUGGCGGUUAUCGCUGUAAUCACUAGAGAUGCAAAGCUCGCGAAUGCGAACGUACUCUUCCGAUUCGCUCUGGAUUUUCAUGUGAAGUCCGGCGAUUCCAACGAAACUGAAGAUGUUAUAAACAAAACAUUGAUUUUUCAAAACCAUCACGUCAUCGUUAAAAAUAAUCUCAAUUCAGAAGAGCCGAUUGAUGAAGAACUAACUGCACGACCCGAUAAAUCGGCACUAGUCACCACCACCGUUGGUCCACUGAGAUCGAUGUCUGACUUUUGGAUUCAAGAACAAAAUCUCACCGAUGCAGCCGAUACAAAGCUAAAGCAAAUCGUGAAGGCAUUAACCGAACUCAAUCGUGAAAUAUCACCAGUGGUUGGACGAAGUGAUUUUGUAUCUUCUAAGGUGAAGAUAAUUACACGUUACCUAAAUAUUUUAGAUGCAUCAGCGGCUGCGACGACCGAUUCGAACCAAACCAUCUCGCCCAACAAGUUUGCUCAUUUGCAAAAGUUCAUCAAGUUGGCGGAAAAGUUAAAGGAGCCGCCUACCGACGCAGAUGGCUCUGAACGCACACUGGAUGGUAUGGUGAUGAAGCUAGCUCUGGACAAAUAUCAAAUUGCGAGCCUACAGGCGGAGGUAGAAGAACAGAUGACUGCCGCAGAAGAGGCUUGGCAACGCUAUGUCAAAACGAAAUUGGUCGAAGUGGCUGUUUAAGCAGGCCGAUUCCCACUUGAAUACAAGUUAUGUACAUACAUUACAUUUGUUUUAUCAAUUGCAAUUCAUCAAAUCCGUAUGCAAGUUAUAAUACAUAUACAUAUGUGCAUAUGUAUGUAUAACUGGUUAAAUAAAAUUACGAGCAAAUUGGUAAA